AUGGAAUUGAGGAAGGAAAAGCUUGUCAGGUUUUAUUCAGAUGAAAAACGGCAUGAAAAACGGCAUAAAGAAUCUUUAUGGGGAAGAAGAACUGAACCAUCUCAGCUUGAAAAGUCAUCAUCUCAAUAUAAAGUUUCAUCAUCUUCAUUGCUUAAAUCUGAUACUGGCCUAGUUGGGGCCAGAAAUAGAUUUGUUGAAACUUUCAGCAUUGGGCAUUCAAAGGUGUUUCCCGAAGACCAUGAGCCUUGGCGCAAGAGGAUACUUGACCCGGGUAGCGAGAUCGUGUUGCAAUGGAAUCGGGUUUUCAUUAUGUCGUGCUUGGUGGCACUUUUUGUUGAUCCAUUGUAUUUUUACUUGCCAAUGCUUGGAAGGAAGGCAAACGCAUUUUGUGUGAAGACAGAUUUGAGGUUGCGAAUUGUUGUCACUUGUUUCCGGACCAUUGCAGAUAUCUUUUACUUUUUGCACAUGAUCAUAAAGUUUAGGACAGCUUAUGUUGCGCCAAGUUCUCGCGUCUUCGGGAGGGGUGAACUUGUCAUGGACCCAAAAAAGAUUGCUCAGAGGUAUAUUAGAUCUGACUUCUUCAUUGAUCUCAUAGCCACAUUGCCCCUUCCUCAGAUAGUCAUCUGGUUUAUUAUACCAGCAACGAGAAGGACCCAAACAGAUCAUAACAACAAUGCACUUGCCCUAAUUGUUCUGCUCCAAUAUGUCCCUAGAUUAUAUCUUAUUUUUCCGUUAAGUUUGCAAAUAAUCAAAGCAACUGGAGUGGUCACAAAGACUGCCUGGGCAGGGGCUGCAUAUAAUCUGCUCUUGUACAUGCUGGCCAGCCAUGUAUUAGGAGCAGCAUGGUAUUUGCUAUCAAUUGACAGAUAUACCUCAUGCUGGAAGUCAUUUUGUAAAAAGGAAGUAAGCUCCACAAAAUGCUCGCUUUCUUAUCUCGAUUGUGACAAUGUUAACAGCAAAGGUUACCAGACAUGGGCUAAUAAUACAGAAGUGUUUGAGAAUUGUAAUCCUGCAAAUAACACUUUCAAAUAUGGCAUAUUUGAAAGUGCAGUGGCAAAAAAUGCUGUUUCCGCAAACUUCAUCACAAAGUACUUCUAUUGUUUAUGGUGGGGCUUACAGCAACUAAGUUCAUAUGGGCAGAAUUUGUCAACAAGCACUUUUAUUGGAGAGACAUCAUUUGCCAUUCUCAUUGCCAUUGUGGGUCUUGUAUUAUUUGCCCACUUAAUAGGGAAUAUGCAGACCUAUCUCCAAUCUAUCACUGUGAGGCUUGAGGAGUGGAGGCUUAAGAGAAGAGACACUGAGGAAUGGAUGAAGCAUCGUCAACUCCCUGAAGAUUUGAGACGGCGUGUUCGACGCUUUGUUCAAUACAAGUGGCUGGCAACUCGAGGAGUUGAUGAAGAAGCCAUUCUUCAUGGCUUACCUGCUGAUCUCCGUCGUGAUAUUCAACGCCACCUGUGCUUAGAUCUUGUUCGAAGAGUCCCUUUCUUCUCACAGAUGGAUGAUCAGCUUCUUGAUGCGAUAUGUGAGCGUCUAGUGUCGUCCCUAAGCACGGCGGGCACUUACAUAGUCCGAGAGGGUGAUCCUGUGACAGAAAUGCUCUUCAUUAUUAGAGGUGCUCUGGAUAGUUCUACUACCAAUGGUGGCCGGACGGGUUUCUUCAACUCAAUAACUUUAAGACCUGGGGAUUUUUGUGGUGAGGAGCUGCUUGCAUGGGCUUUGCUCCCAAAAUCCACUGUUAAUUUGCCUUCUUCAACACGAACAGUUAAAGCACAUACUGAAGUUGAAGCUUUUGCAUUGCGGGCUGAAGAUCUCAAAUUUGUGGCCAACCAAUUCAGACGCCUGCACAGCAAGAAGCUGCAGCACACCUUUCGGUUUUACUCUCACCAUUGGAGAACAUGGGCAGCCUGCUUCAUACAGGCUGCUUGGCGACGCCACAAGAGAAGGAUGACAGCAAAAGAUCUGAGCUCGAGGGAAUCCUUUGCUUUGGAUGAGAAAGUAGCCUAUGAGACUGGGGAAGGGGAAGAAGAACAUCUUUCUGUUGGUUCAAAUCCUUCCCAGGGAAAAAUGAAUCUCGGGGUCACGUUACUGGCUUCAAGGUUUGCUGCAAACACUAGAAGGGGAGCUCAAAAGAUCAAAGACGAGAUGCCAAAACUACGAAAACCCGAUGAACCUGACUUUUCCACUGAGCAUGAAUACGAGUAG